AUGGUCUUCGGACGAACCCACGCUCUUUUGGCUGCGGCCACCAUCUUGAAGGUUUCUUCUGCUUCUGCUGGCGCACCAGCAAGCGAGGUUACCAUCACCAAGACUGUCACGAACACACAUACUAUCUGUCCCGCAACAACAAAGCCUCCCGUUUGCACUCCAACGAACACCCCAGGUGGAAGUGGCCCAGGCGGUUAUGGACCGGGUAAUGGCGGACAUGGCGGCUCGGGAAGUGGCAAGGGCCCCAAGGAGGAUGCGGAUCUGUGGCAGAGCUGGCUCGACAAGCUGAGCAACAACCAAGCGCCUCACGCUCCAUGGCACGACUGGACCAAGACUGCUACAGCCACAGGUACAGGCACAGGCACUGGCGGCCACACCGGUCCCACAGAUCUCCCACCUUUCGAUGGCGAGUGCACCAAGCCUGGCUCAGGUCUCCCAGAAAACAAGUGCAACAGCCCCGGCUCUCGAUCCAAGUGGUGCGAUGGCAAGUCUAUUGACACCGACUACUACAAGGAGUACGACUCAGGCAAGACCUGCAAGUAUACUCUCGAGAUUACCAACACCACUCUCAGCUACGAUGCUGGCCCAAUUCUCAGCUUCGCCAUCAACGGCCAGUCUCCUGGUCCCGUCAUCGAGUGCAACUGGGGCGACUGGGUUGAGAUCGAUGUCAUCAACAAGCUCACCACCAACGCCACCACUAUCCAUUGGCACGGCAUUCACCAUAAAGGCACCAAUGACCAGGACGGUGUUCCAGGUGUUUCUGAAUGCGCUGUCGCACCAGGCCAGUCUCGCAAGUACUCAUGGCGCGCAAGCUCCUACGGUACUGCGUGGUACCACUCUCACUUGCUGUCUCAGUACGGUGACGGUAUCCGUGGUCCCAUCAUCAUUCACGGCCCUGCUACUGCUGAUUACGAUAUCGACAUGGGUCACGUCUUCAUCUCUGACACCUUCCCAGCCGGCACUGCUGCAGCACAAGCUGACCGCAUUGCUCACUUCGGCCAAGCCGCUGUUGUCACAUCGAACUACCUCCUCAAUGGCAACAACAAGGCUGUCGAUCUCAGCACAGGCAAGCACGCUCUCUGGAAGGUUCAGAAGGGCAAGAAGCACUUGUUCCGCAUUAUUAACGGUGCUGCUCAGGAAGCUUACUCCGUCCACUUCGACAACCAUCAGUUUGAGGUCAUCGCUGCCGACUUCGUGCCCAUCAAGCCGUAUGUCACCACUUGGCUCAACAUUGCCCCUGGUCAGCGUUACGAUAUCGUCCUCAAGGCUGAUCAGCCAUCUGCCAACUACUUCCUGCGCGCUGUCACCCAGACUGGUUGCCCAUCAGUGCCUCGCAACACUGGUCUGUCUCUUGCCAACGGUAUCAUCCAGUACGCCGAUGCUCAGCUCACCCUGCCUCUCAACAACUUCGGCAAUGUCACCAACGCCACAUUCGCUACUUGCAACGAUGAGCCCCUUGCCAAGCUUGUGCCUUACCUUGAGAAGACAGCUGGUUCAGCUGCUCUCUUCGCUGCUGGCCAGAAGUCCCUGCCUGCUGGCCGUGUUGCUACUCCCAGCGCCAACCAAUCGGUUGUUCAGUGGUUCAUCAACAACAACUUCAUGAACGUCAGCUACACCGAGCCCACUCUCCAGACGCUUGCCGAGAACCCCAACCUCCUCAACGGUGUCGAGUCGACCAACAGCACUGCUUCGGUCCGCAACUCCAUCGUCCUCGGCCAGGCCAAUCAAUGGGUGUACUUCAUCGUGCGCAACGAGUUCUUCGCUGCUCAUCCUCUGCAC